CUGCAUUAUUUUGCUGUGAUAUUUAAUUUGAGAUCUUGUGAAAGUUUUUCUAACACUUUUUAGCGUGACAUAGAUGCGCUGUAUAUAAUUAUAGCCUUAUCAAUGAUAAUUUGAGAUCGAUAGUGACUUGAUAACGCUAUCGUUGAUAGAGUGGGGGAAUGACGAAAGUAAUAGCAAUAAUCAUACCUGAAGAUAUAUUGUUUAUACAUUCACUUCAUAUUAAUCUGUUUCAUUGCAUAAUUAAGAGUGAGAGGGUAUAGUAUUGCGACAACAACUUAGGGACCCACUUCUUAAGAUUUGAGUAGGAAUUACUGCCAUUCUGCCAGUACAGCAUAUCCUACUGCCAGUGUAGUGCAGCUCAUGGUGACUCUUUUUAGGGAUUGGAUUGAUAGUAGCACUUCCACAGGACAAUGAAACUGGUGGGGGUGAUAGGAGCCGGUGCAGCAGGUUUGUGUGCAGCUCGUCACAUCCUGGCCACUCGUGGCAUGUCACCAGUUGUAUGGGAAAAAUCAUUACAAUCGGGGGGAACCUGGGUGUACACACCCCAGCGAGGAAAAGAUGAAUUUGAUUUGCCAAUUCAUUCAAGCAUAUAUGAAAAUCUGAAGACAAACCUACCCAAGGAGGUAAUGGGCUUCCCAGAUUUUCCGUUUCCAUCUGGGGAAGAAUCUUUCCUUCAUCAUAGUCAGGUUCUUCAGUACUUGGACAGUUAUGCAGAACACUACAACCUGCAUCCUCAUAUCAAGUAUGGCCAUUUUGUAGAGGAGGUUAAACCAGUGAAACAGGAUGAGAGUUACACAGCUUGGGACAUUACUGUUAGAGACCUGGAAUCCAAGAAGGUCUUUACCACCACCUGUGAUGCUCUUCUUGUGUGUAAUGGCCACUACUCUCUUCCACAAAUGCCAGAAAUAAAGGAUAUCGAUAAAUUUCAUGGUCCUAAGUCCCAUAGCCAUGAUUACCGGGAACCUUCUCCAUAUAAAGACUCUAAGGUUGUGGUGUUGGGGGCUUCAGCAUCUGGCCUAGACAUUGCUCUGGAAUUGGCUACAGUAGCAAAAGAAGUGCUAAUAUCACACAACCACCCAGUACCAAUACCAUCAGAGUUACCUCCUAAUGUUCGUCAAGUUCGUGGUGUGGUGUCUGCAACAGAAAAUGGAUUUGUGUUUGGUGAUGGUUCUUCAGCUGAGGCUGAUAUGAUUCUAUAUUGCACAGGGUACCAUUUCACAUUCCCUUUCUUGACGGAGGAUUGUGGCAUUACUGUUGAGGACCGCAUUGUCAAGCCGCUGUACAAACACCUAUUUAACACUAAGUACCCCUCCAUGGCUUUCAUUGGUAUCCCCUUCCAGGUCUGCCCUUUUCCUCUGUUUGAUAUCCAGGUUCAGUAUGUCAUGGCAGUGUUGAAAGGUGUGGUCUCUCUGCCACCUCGUGAAAAGAUGGAUGAUGCCUUUGUGUCUCACCUGCACAAGCAGCGGCGUAUCGGAUAUGCUGACAAAUCCUAUCACCAGUUAACUCCACAUGGACAAAUAAACUACACAAAUGAGUUAUCAGCACAAAUUGGUAUAGUACCACCCCUCAAAUCCUCUUUUGGAUCUGUUAAUUUGUUUACAGCUUUGAGAUUGGUGUUUUCCUUCACUUUAUUUAGGAAGUAUCAGUACAGAAUUGAGAGUGAUGGGAGUGUGAUGGUGAGGUUGGAUGGCCGGAAGGUUAACACAGUGCUGAGCAUCGGAUGGCUGGUGGUGAAGCAUACAUCGCGCCUAUUACUACAUGACUUUUUUGGGGUCAUCAAACUUACAACUUCCUUUCUCUCUAAGAAACUUAAAAGCCUCUUCUUCAAUUAACACCAUCUCUGGAUGUUGCUCACAACUUCUGAAUAGAGUGAAGAGGACACAGUAACUAUACAGUACAGUAUACCAUAUAGCCAAAAUACAAAGUGCAGGUUGUUAACUACUGAAUAUUGUUAUUGCUUCCAACUGGGUGACAGCCUUGGACAAAAGCCGGUAAAAAAAGACAACCGGCAUUGACUUGUGAAUGUUUGGCAGGUUUGUUGGUGAAAGAGAUGCAUGAAAUAUAUUGUUUGGGCAGACAUUUAGUUUCAAUUGGUCAGUAUGAUGUGAAACUUAGAUUGGAUGAUCAUUAACAUUUUUUUUAUAGUUAUUUCUAACAGUUACUGUAAGUCAUACACUAGUUAUUCAUAUACAGUACUGCAGUACAGUAGUACAGUAUAUUCAAUGCAAUGAUAAAUUAUUUGUGUGUCAGUAAGUCACAGUCUUAUUAGUACCGUAUACAAUAUUUCAUGCAUUACAUAUAUAGUUUCUCUUGGUAUAAUAAGAUCAAUAAUGUCCAGUCAUAUUCAUAUUCUAGAGAUUUUUUAGCUUUUAUUAUUACAGGUAUCAAAACACAUUUCCUUCUUACAAAGGUCUAAUAUAAACAGUCAAGCAGGUACAUCUCUCAUUUUUCCACACUGUACCUGUUAUCCAUAACAACAAACCACAGUUCUGUGGCUUGGAAGGGAGAGAGAGACUUGAAUAAUUGGCUUAUAAAUUUUUAAUCAUAUAGCCACUUGCCCCACUGGGACCUCUUAGGGCGAGACCUACAUUAAACACCCACAAAGUACCUUUUGAUAUUAUAAUGCAUCAAUGUACUUCAACAACAAAACUUUUCAUGCUCUUAAAUAAUUUAGUCACGAAAGUCUUUAAGCGCAUUUUCUGGGUUAAUUAAUAAAUAGACUACUGUAGUCAUGAACAAUUAAAAAUUACAAAUCCAAGAGAUACAGUACUGUACUGUACUUCCUCUGUAUUUCCAUGUGAGUGAAGAUCUAUUCCCAGCCUAGAGGAAAUGCGGUAUCUGAUUGAAAAUCGAAUGUGUUUUUUAACCUCUCAGUUGUGAUAAUUAAUGUUUAUCCAGAAAAGUUUUAAACAAAAUUUAGCUUUGUUUGUCAUCAUAUUUUAACCUGCCUAAUAAUGUUUUCCCUGAAAUGUUAACUACUUUAAGUUUUAAUCAAUUUUAUUAUUAGUCUUUUAUGUUAUCAUGUUUAGUUUUUAGAUGAUUUUAGUCUCAUCCAAUUUUACCCUGUUUUUGUUAAUAAAUUUUAUUAUCAACUGUUGAUAUGUUUUUGUUUUGAUCAAGCUUAUUAUCACAUGGAUCUGUGUUUUUUAUUUAUUUUUUUUCGCUUGUUAACCCAUUUUAAGUUUGAAUGUAUACCUGUAUUGUCAAAUGUUAACCAUAAUUUUAUCAUAAAUUUUUUCCUAAUUGAUAAUUGUUUGUGAUAGGCUGCAUUUCUUUGAUGAGUCUGCUGCCAUUUGAGCAUAAAUAAUUAACUAAAUAAAAAACUGUGUUGAUCAAUUUUAUCGUCACAUGUUAUUUUUGUUUCAUUUUAAAUUUCAAUUGGUGGGCCUGUCUCUGUAUUGGUGGCAAACAGGCACUGGCUCCAGAAUGUACAUUGGGCCAGUGUUGGUCAGGGGCCACAUACUCAAAAGCAUUUAUGGGACUGUAUCUCUUUGAUUACCCCGUAACUGGAGUUACAGUCUCCGAUCGGUAUACUCAAAACAAAUUCGUUAACCAAAAUUUCAUUAAUCGAACCGUUCGUUAACCGAAGGACCACUGUACAGUAUUAGGAUUUCAAGGUCAGUUUUUAGGUAAAGGACAACAUUAAAAGAGUAUAAUAUUCUUUAACUUAGUUAGAAUGAUUUUAGAUGUAUAGUACAGUAUAUGCAUCAAGUUAUCUGUCAAGUCAUUGUAUGGUUAACAAUAAAAAUUUAUAUUGAGGUGG